AUGUUGGUCACACAUGGACAUCAAUUUCCCACGGGUGUUUGGGGUAUCAUUGUUGAUGAACUGCGCAAAAUUAUGAAGCAUGCCGAACCAACGUGGAUAUUCUUUGCCUUGCCUCGGGUCGUGGUGACUUUGGGUUUCAUGUUUGCUACAAGCUUUCCACCAAAGGUGAUCAGCGCUGAAGAGGUAAAAGCCCAGCGAAAACCGUCACGCACCCACUUGGCUGUUCUAUUGGCUUUGCAGCGAUUAGCAGGAAAUGUGCUUGUCAGCCGUCGCAGGGACAAUCUGUCAAUUAGCGUCGGUCAUGCUCGCUCGCUCUUAUCUUGUCUACGUGAGAGCUUCGUAUUUGCACACAAGGUUAACGAUGCGGUGCCACUACGGCGUUAUCUGCAGCGCGUUGGAUGGCGCUAUGAAGUAAUGGGCAAGCAGCAGUACCUUCAAGUGUUGUUUACGGCUCUCACUCGAGGCAUAGAUAACAAUGAUCUUGAGGAGCAGCAGGAGGCCCGCGGGUACAUGGCGCGAAUGGUACAAGACACACUUGAAGAAUAUCUGGCCUGGACAGGUGUAGCUCCGCAGCAUAUCAAAAGUAGUACCUGCCAUGCAAUACAACGGGUGGAGAGUUUUACGCCUCUAAUUGUUGCGACACUGAGGGAGAUAGCGGACUUUGACAACACCGAGCUACAACGCCACAUGUCAUGGGGUCGCAAGGAACAAACGACUUAA